AUGUCUGAGCCCAUCAGAAGCAAGAAGGCUGAGGUGACCGCACCAACCCCUCAGAACACGCCCGCGAACAACGCCCCUAUUUCUUCCCACGCCCAGCAACCUGGCAUCGCCAGCAUUAAAGAAGUCAGUGUAGAGGAUCUCGACCGAGCGGCCGCUGCCACCCUCUUCUCGCAGAACCCUAAGCUCAUUUCCAUGAUCCAGGGAAAACUAGGAUCUAUCAUCGGCCGCUCAUCCGGCUACAUCGAAUCCCUUCCAGCUUCCGUCCGCCGCCGCGUCGCAGGCCUCAAGGGCAUCCAGACUGAGCACGCCAAGCUCGAAGCCGCUUUCCAGGAAGAAGUCCUGCAGCUUGAGAAGAAGUACUUUGCCAAGUACACUCCUCUCUACCAGCGUCGUUCUGCCAUCGUCAACGGUGGCGCCGAACCCACAGAUGCAGAAGUCGAGGCCGGCAAGCGUGAUGAGGACGAGGAGGAGGACGAGAAGAAGCAGAAUGAGGCAAAGCAGCUCCCCGUCGAAUCCGAGGAGACGCCUGCCACCGGUAUUCCAGAGUUCUGGCUGUCUGCCAUGAAGAACCAGAUCUCUCUUGCUGAGCUGAUUACCGACAGAGACGAGGGCGCCCUCAAGGAGCUAACAGACAUUCGCAUGGAGUACCUGGACCGCCCUGGCUUCAGACUCAUCUUCGAGUUCGGCGAGAAUGAGUUCUUCACCAACAAGACCAUUGCCAAGAGCUAUUACUACCAAGAAGAGAACGGAUAUGGCGGAGACUUUAUCUACGACCACGCCGAGGGUGAGAAGAUCGACUGGAAGGAGGGCAAAGAUCUCACUGUCCGGAUAGAGAGCAAGAAACAACGUAACAAGAACACCAAGCAGACCCGCGUCGUCAAGGUCACCGUCCCCACCGAAUCCUUCUUCAACUUCUUCUCUCCACCAAAACCCCCACAAGAAGACGACGAUGACGUUGCUUCCGAUAUCGAAGAGCGUCUCGAACUCGACUACCAGCUCGGUGAAGAUAUCAAGGAGAAACUCAUCCCCCGAGCCAUCGACUGGUUCACCGGCGAGGCUCUACAGUAUGAAGAACUCGAGGACACCUUUGAAGGCGAGUAUGAGGAUGAUGAUGAAGAUGAUGACGACGAUGACGAUGACGACGAUGAAGACGACAAAAGAGGUGACGAUGAGGAGGACUCUGAUGAAGAGGAUGACGGUUCGAAGCCCAAGAAGGAGGCCACCGAGUGCAAACAAAGCUAA